CAACCAUUCCAUCUUUAUUUCUCACAAUGCCACCCAAGAAAGGUCGUGCUCCACAAGAACAAGCCGCCGUCAAUCUCGGUCCUCAAGUGGGUGACGGGGAGAUCGUCUUCGGUGUCGCGCACAUUUUCGCCUCCUUUAACGACACUUUCGUCCAUGUCACUGAUCUCUCUGGCAAAGAAACCAUCUCUCGUGUCACGGGAGGAAUGAAGGUCAAAGCUGACCGUGAUGAGUCCUCGCCCUACGCAGCCAUGCUUGCUGCUCAAGAUGUCGCCGCGAAAUGUAAAGAAGUCGGUAUCACCGCCCUCCACAUCAAACUUCGCGCCACUGGUGGAACUGGCACCAGAGCCCCCGGUCCUGGUGGUCAAUCCGCUCUCCGUGCCCUCGCCCGUGCUGGUAUCCGUAUCGGUCGUAUCGAGGAUGUGACGCCGGUACCUAGUGAUUCUACUCGUCGUAAGGGUGGUCGUAGAGGUCGUCGUCUAUAGGGGAUAUCGUGGGGAUGGGUGGAGGUGGAUCAGGUCGCAGACGAGCACGCGUCUUUUCUUACGGACGGAUCCGUGGCUGUCAUAUAUGCAUUGCGUCAAACGUCAAU